CUUUCAUUUCUUGUUUUCACUUUCAUUCACCUGCUACCUUUCUGCUGACCUUCUUCAUGCCAUUGCUUGCCGGAAUAUUUGCUAAACGUGAUAGGCAAACUGGUCCUCGUAGCGCACCACCAAAUUUAAACGUACCAACGACUGCGACUUCUGCGGCCUCCAUCGCUAGCACCGUAGUUUCUUCAGAACCAGAUUAUGUUUUUCCAGACAAAUCUUUAAAGGCUCUACCGGCGACUGUUUAUGCCGGUCCAACAGUGGCAUCAUCGAGCAAGCUCAAACUACCUUUCCGUCGGAAACACCACGUCCAUCAGCCACAUGCCACAACAGGCACCACCUUAUUACCCGUCGUUUCUCUCAACGAUGAACCGCCACACCCCCGUAUAUCUGGCAUCGUCUCUGAUUCAGGCCACAACCUCCCUCCCCCUCCCUCAAAACCGUCCAUCUUUGGUGUCUAUCAUGAUCCAAACGUUAAUUCCACACACUCCCUUCCCAAUCAAACCACGCGCAAUCAAUCUCGCCUAAAUACCCCUAGCGUUCUCGCACGGAACGAGGUACACAGCGCACCCCCAUCAUCGCUGGCCACGACACCCAAUUUAAAAAAAUCUGGAGGAUUGUUCUCUUGGGCUAGAGAGCGUACUAAAUCGAAACCUGCCCCGCCCCCAGCGACUAUCGCUACAACUCCCGUUCCAAGCCCAUCAAGGGAUAAUUUUAACUUGAAAGCUUUCCGCCACGUUCGUUCCGACUCCCCUGCUCCUCCAGUUGAUAAUUCCGAUGCCGACCUCCCCCUUCCUCCUGCCCGGCCGCGCCCACGCGGAGACAGCGUUGCUUCGAAUUCCUCACAGAGGAUAUCUGUUGCUGCAUUUCGCGAAGCCCAGGCUCGCAGGAGUCGUGCAAAUUCACCCGUACCUUCAUUCCGACCCCCUUCUGCCCUCGAUACCCUUCGCGUUGAAAAUAAUUCCAGACAACGCGCAUCCACAGUUUCAAUACCUAGUGCAAGUGUACAUCGUAACUCGACAGCGCCUCCGUUGUCCAUCUUGAUUAACCGAAAUUCGUCCGUCGUGGACACUUCCGAGUCAGAUGAAUCUGAGGAUGAAGAUGAUGAAGAAGUGGAUAGCGAUGGCGUGCCUAUCAAGCCGAGCCGCAAGCGCACCGUGAGGGGUCGUCCUGGUGUGCGCUCGCGGUCUGAUGCAGGCCAUUCUCCUGCGCCGAGUGUUCAGACUCAAGUGCCAGAACCUCCGAGAUGGUCAAAAUUGGACAAUGUGCAGUUACGGCAGCCUGAAAGCCCCACUGCCGUACGAGCUAGAGCAUCUGCUUCCACUAGCGCUCUCACCCCGAAUGCUGCUGCCCGUCGUGCGUCAAUUUUAGCUGCUGCGAACUCGUCUUCUACAUCAUCAGCUUCAGAGAAACCUUUGUCGUCGCCUUUGGGAUCAAGAGUGGCGAAGAAUGACGAUUCUGAUACUUCGUCAGAUUCCGAUAAUGACUCUGAAGACAUGCCUUUGUCUGCGCUUGUUGCGCCGCGCAGACCGGGAAGUUCUGCCUCGGUGGCUACCAACAGAUCUGCUGCCUCACGACUUCGCAUGCCUGCCAAGCCCCUGAUUGAUAUCAAAUCACUUGUAGGAAGUCCCCCGGUGCUUACGCCUGUCUUGAGGCAUGAAGAUUCGGUCAAAUUACCAUCUAGAAAGGGUAAGGAACGCGAGGUGGACAAGGACGAGCCCUUUGCUCCUCCCCCUGUUAUUAGCUUAACGCCGAGCCGUAUGUCCGAGAGUCCCGCUCCGAUCUCUCCCCGGUCACCCGCAGGCACAGCUCCUAGGAUUCCCUCUCCUCCUCAGCAUAACAAGUCGAGUAGUGAGGUUGCGCCUGUUUCUCGAGUAUCCGCUGGAUCACCGGUCGAGGUUGACGACGAUUUGAUGGACGCCAUCAGACUUGUUACUUCCUUUGAUAAAUCACGGGACGCCUCACCAUCGCCUGCGCGACCUUCCCAACAGGUGCCACCCCUGAACACCGCUCCGCUACCUGCUGUGGAACGUGUAGCAAGCUCUACUGACAAGGUAGAGUCUCCUCGAGACGACCGCAUUGUGCCGACGCCCGUUCGAGAGUAUAAACCACCGGCAUCUUUCAGUGUCACCUCACGUCCACCGCGCCGAUACAGCACAGAUAUAUCUCAGGUACCAUCACCAGCCUCGCCGACGGCAACGUUUUCCGCUGUCUCCAAAAGGUCUUCUUCUCCAAAAAGAUCACCUUCUCCUGCCAAGUCCUCAUUCGCUCCUCGUUCUCGGGCAGCUAUCCUAGCUCAGCAGUCAAAUGUACCAUCAGUCGACAAGUCAGAUUCAUCAUCCGUGGUCUCGACUUCUCAGUCCUCCCGCUCCUCUCGUAUCCCAUCUGUCCCUCUCAUCGCCGCUGUGCCUGAGUCACCUUCCGUGAAAGCCAGUUGGGGGUCUUCGAAGGAUUUAUACAAGACACGCGUUCCUUCGACGCAAAGUGUGGUGGAUAACAGAAUGUCUCGACCAACCUCAGGCACGCUUGUCUCGCUUGCUCCUUCCUCAAGGCCUGUCAUACCUCCAGCACAGUCAUCCAGAGUGCAGUCGCAGUCGUUGAUGCCCUCUCGGCCGUUCGCGAGCAAUAGCUCUAUGCGAGGCGAGAGUCCCGCCGGCAGCUCAACAGGUGACUCGAGCAGCGGGCGUGGUGCGCCGUUCACUCCUCGUGAUGGUAGCGAUAUUGGGGUGCAGACUGGACGAAGGGAUGUGAGCGAUCCGGACUCGACGCUCAAGGCACGCGGUGCAAAUGGAAAACGGUCGACUGUGAGCUUUGAGGAUAGUUCACCGCGUGGGAGGGAGAGGGCGAAGAAUGACGGUGAUGAUGAGGUGAGGCGGAAUGAGAGGAGGCGGAACGAAGCCAAGGCUGCUAUUGAGCUCGGGAAACUUGUUAAUAGCCGUGGGCCCAUCGUGCAUAAUGGUUCUGACGACGAUCUUGUGCUGCAGCAUGGACAGCAACGUAUGAGCAUCAAUCCUAUGAUGGGCAUGGACGGCACGAUGCCUGUGAUGAACGCUCCUACUUGGGGGUCGUGGCAGCAGCAGCCCAUAGUCACGGGUAUGGCCCCUAUGAUUGCUCCUCAAUUCGGUCCCGACCAGAGUUUCCUCGCUGCCCACCAGCACGCAAUGAUGAUCGCCAAGCAAGCGUACCAAAUGGCAGUCGCACAACAUGCCAUGGCAAUGGCUGGAGAUGAGUGGGAACGAGGCUCCAAUAUCGGCGGUGGGUCCGUAUAUGGAGGCGGUGGAGGUAGCGUGUACAGCGGCAUGGGAGGAAGCAGCGGGGUGGGUAUGCUUAGCGUCCCUGGGAUGGGGAUGCCUCCUAUGAUGCCGAACCAGUGGUCCACAGGCUCCAUGAUGUUCCCCGGUCGGAUCAGCGGUACGCAGAGUGAGUUUGGAGGUGGUGCGAGGAGUGUGUAUGGGGAGUCUUUCGGUCCAUCCUUGAACUCGCGUUCAAAUUAUAUCCCCCCUGUCCCGAACAGUUCUAUGAGUGCGUAUGGAGGAGGUCCUAGGCCGCGCGCCAAGACGGGUGCGUCUCAGCCCUCGAAUUUACAGCCUUCGACGCCUGGUCGGACUCCUGGACGAAAAGCAGCUCCACCUUCGAGCUGGAAGAGCUCUCGAUGACAUUGCUACUUAUGACGGGACGUUCAUGUUUGAUUUUUGAUUUGCAUAUUUAUGGAGAUGUUUACAGUUUUGCCUAGUCGCUCGUUGGUACACUGACUUUUUUUUUUAAUUCCAUGAUGGCGCUCGAACUUUUUUUCUUCUUUUUGGUUGAAGACGCUGAUGCAUUUGCCUGGAGUACGUAGAGAUAAAAGUGGAUUUUGCAUUAGUUUUUUCAUUUCAUUUUUGACUUUUUUUUCUUCCUUUCUCAUGAUUUCUUUUUUCAUUCCAUUGUCAUCACUCGCAUUGAACUAGCAUCAAUACCACGAUAUCUAUCGCUCCUGCGUACAUAAACGGUUGGGACAAUUUAUAUAUCGACGAUCUCGG